AUGGCAUCUCAGGAGCAGCUUCGGGAUGAAUUGAUGAUGAAGGCGCGUCAACAACAGAUGCAGAUAAUGACACGGAAGCAACAAGCAGGAACUGUGACCAGUGAACUGGAAGACAGAACGUCCCAACCAAGCCAACGCCUCCAGCCUCGGUCUAUGGCAAUGGGUUCCCAUUUUGAUGAUCUUCCCAUCCUCAAAGCCGAGGAUCUAGAGCAUAGACGCCCCGAACCAUGUUCCUUUUCAUUGUUCGACUCCGCUUGUAAAGAUGGCCCGCUAUCUACGAUUCCGGAAAUUGUCGACUCGGAGGCUCGAACACCGGCAUUCCUCCAUAGAGGACUCUUGAUUGCACUGCGAGCUGGAAACAUCGAGGCCGCCCGCUAUCUACUUUCUAACGGCGCACCUAUCGUUCGACAAACCCCAGACUUUAUUCUAAAGGCCCCAAUCCACCACCAAAUUGCCCUUUUCGAACUCUUCACUGCUCACGGCUGGACACCAAAUACCCCGGGUCUAUAUGGUGCUACACUACUCCCAAAAGUAAUCAGCGACUUGCCUGUACUGUCUUGGUUUUUGGCACACGGCGCAAAUCCUAAUCUGGGGCAGCAGAAAAGCUUUCACGACCGCCAUGGCCUUUCUGAUACCGAUUCAUGCAUUGCGCUGGAAACAGCCGCAGCGCAUGGCAGUGUGGAAACAGUGCAAAUGCUACUUGAUGCUGGUGCUUUGAUUCAAAAUGGGGCACCUUUGCACCGUGCUGCUGGUACUUGCCCUCCAGGGGCCAACCCACAUGCGGGCCGCGUUAAGCCAAGCAGGGAAUUUGAUGUUAGCAGGAUCCCUGUGAUGCGCUUACUAGUCGACAAUGGGGCCAAUGUGAACCACAGGGUUGUAUCACGACAUAUGGAGCCUCAAUAUGCUAUCGUCCAUGCGGUGAUGGCCGGAGCGAUGGAGCGUGUCAAGUGGCUUCUAAAACAAGGGGCGGAUCCGUUUGCGAAGGGCGCCUUUGGCAGUGCGGCGGAUUAUGCUUCCUUCUGGGGCGAAGAAAUGGAGAAAGUCAUCGAGGAGGGGCUUGCAGCGAGGGAUGAAAGGCGCCUAUGGUCGCCGUCUACUACCUUCGGCUCGGACUUUAUUGUUUAA